CUCAUUUUCAUGGGGUUGCUAUUCAUUCGCCCCGUUGCAUGCUGGUCACACUUGCAUCAACGUGGUUGACGUCGACGCACCAAAUCACUUCUUCACACAAAUAGCCCAACCCUGGUUCAGCCUGAUCCUCGCCUUGUGUCACACGGCCCUCAACCUUCUUGACACUGUUGCGACUUGCGACGAAUUCAUCUUCCUCUAGCACCCAUGCUUCUCUGUCGCAGUCUCCCACUGCAUCUUUAGACAAUCCCUCAGCAUGGCUUCCAAUGUCCCAAAUCAACCUGCGACAUCCACCAAUCCGCUACCCAGCCGCUCUACCUUUGAUCCGGCCUGGAAUCAGAUCCAACAAUCUACGGACCUCCCAGAUGACCCAGAUGUUCAAGAUGCCAUCAAAGCCUCACUUGAAGAAGCCUCCAAGAGACUUGCCGACUUCAGCCCUAGCCAAACCCAGAACAUUUUCGCAGCUCAAUCCCAAGAUAUCGAAAAUGACAUCGUCUUAUCCCUGAGCAACCAUUUUGCUCCCUUGGAGGAUCCAGAUGCCGACACGGCAGUCUACAUGGGAUACCCUCCCCAAGGUCCUGAGCAGAAAGACAGCGAGUACUUCCAUAUCAAGCACCACUUUGAUCGUGUCUUCCUCCUUCACAGUGCCAAUUUGAAGCUCAUGGGCGAAGACUCCAAGUUCUACAAACUUCUCGGUCCUGUGUCUGCUCGCACUGAGCGCCGACUUCGAAAGCAGGGCUUGCUGGACAUUCCAGAGGCCCAGCGAGGUUCAAAGUUCAAAUACUACAUUGAUCUGAGGCCUGACACCCAAGAUGAAGAGGCUAUCAUCUUGUUGACUGAUUUGACUUCCACUAGCGGCGUUCUCAAUUGGCAUUUGGCGAGAUCAAAAUACCAGCUUGAUCCUAAACUAGUCCUGGGUUACGAUGACUUUGACUCUAUACCCAAGCUGAAAAUCCAGGAUGAUGAUGCGAGCUAUCACGAAAAGAAAACUGCUCACAAAGCUGCCACGACAUCAAGCCUCCGCCAGGGCUCUCUUUGCGAACCUCCAGCCAGGUCACAGCCUCCUCAAGAAUACUCUCAACUUCGGCACUGGUCAGCCAUUGAGCGUUUACUCAAUGCUAUUGAAGGUCGCAACCCAAACCUAGACUCUGCUCCCAAGGUCUGGACCUUUUUUGCUCUCGCAAAGUAUUUCGGCUGUGCCAAACAUGAGCGUAUCUCGGGCUGGAUUACUUCAUGGAUAUAUCGCGAGAAGAACGAGAAUUUCAUUCAAUGCAACCCUGAAGUCGCCUACAGAAUUGGAAUGGGCAUCCAGUCAGCCAUCCUGGUCCAAGCUGCCUUCUCAAUCCUUGUCGGUGAAAGAGCUCUACUAGUCGCAUACAAGGAGUUCAACCCACCUAAGGCGUCAGACGACUUGAGAAAUGUCCACCAACGAAAACCGGAAUCGAUCGAUGACGACGAAACCAACCGUAUUGAUCAUGCUGCUUCUUCGUUGGUCCAGCGCAUGCGAGAAGUAGUCCAUCAACUUUGCAUUUCCAUGGCCUGGCUUACCGACUGCCCUGAGUACGCGAAGCUACACGAUGUCGUGGCCAGAACAGAGAAAGAACAGAAUACCAUCAACAAUGCCAAGGCCAUCAUUCAAGAAUAUGUUCGAGGAAGAAUCUACUACGUCGUUUGUCAAGCACAGCUUGCUAUGGAUCAACUAGAAAUGCAUCUAUGCGAUGUUUCUUCCUUCCGCUCGUGCGUGGGGUGCCCGUUUGAGAUCGUCUACAACACGCUCAAUCAAUCGAUGAGGGUCUUUACCAAGACGCUAUGGAUGGCACUGAGUCGCACCAUGUUCAAUGCUGGAUCCAGCAACAUCGCAUCUAUAGGAACUCCUGGCCAACCUGGACUUACUGCGUACACCCAGGCUUUGAUCGAUGAAUAUCCCCGCGACCCUCUGAACGGCAUCAAGUGUAUUCGGCGCACUGAGCUGAAUAAUGCUAUUGAGGCUGUCAACUCGAUGCUACUAUCCCAUCGUCAAGUGGACGCGAGGAUCUCUGUCCAUCCCGUCGAUCUCCAGAAUCUCAUCGCAGUGCUCGAUGUCUUUGAAUCAUCUUCUCUCAAGCAUACUACCGACAUUGACAUUCGAGAGGCUCAGGAUCCAACAUCACCGCAAAAGCGUCGCAAAACAUGGGAUCGUGCAGAUGCGGAACCUAUUCCACCAGUGUCAGUGUCGGAAGAAAGCAUCGGCACAAGUACCAGUACAUCUGUGAGACAAGCUCUACCGUUGCGACAGCGUCUCCAACCAGCACAUCACCAGACCGGAGUGUCCACACGUCCCCAGGGUCUUUCUUCGAACGAGUCCUCACGCACCACCAUUGACCACUGGUGGAAUAAGAAUAUUGGACAUGCACCGGCUCAUCAGAAUUCACCCCAGCCAUCAGGCCAAUCAUCUACAUUUCCAACAAACACCGACACCACUGUCCAACAGGAGCAUGUGAACAACAACAUCAACUCCACCAGUCCUGGUACUGGUACUGGUACUGGCACUGGUACUGGCCCUGUCUCUGGUUCCUUUCUGAAUCCAACCGCCGCAUCGUUCGAACACUCAGGACCUCCCAAAUCUCAACGAACUUCCAAGCCGGCCCAGCCCAUCGCCUUUCCCGCUGUUCCCACCUCCACUAACACCGACAAGUACAUGACGACAGAAAUCCUGCUCCUCCAAGUAAACCGCUACAUCCACAAUCUGUGCUCCAAAAUCCUCCAUCCCACCCAUCUAUUCCACGGCACAGGCGCCACGGGGAUGCUCCCCACCAAUCUGUUCGACAACCUGCUUUGGCUGGAAGACAACGAAUGGAGAUAUCUCCCCCUUUGGGCUGGCGGUAACGACGACGGUACAGGUGGUGUGUACGAUGAUUUACCUCUUCCGAUCAUCGACGAGGCUACUGCACAAGCAGAGAGUUUCCGUCCAGGACGUAUUCGACGAGGCUUCGAUGCGCCUUCGGAAUCGGACGAAGCGGGAGGAUCGGAUUGUUUUGAAGAGAUUGAGAGUUCGCAGGCGUUGAGUACCGUUGGUCGUGCGAGUAAGAAUGCGACGGAUGGCACGGCCAAAACAAUUGCCGAUACGGUUGUGAGUUUGGGAAGUGAGAGUGGAAAUGAAAGUGCAAGUGUGUCUGAUUUCUCGGAUACGGCGUUUGUGAGGCUCUUGCUUGAUGAUGUCAGUCUGAGUGAUGGCCAUCAUGAACCAAGACAUGGAUAUGGACAUGAACGUGCAAUGUCUCCGAAUGUCUCAGAUGAUGGUCUUGACACAGAACAUGAAUUCGAAUAUGACGACGACGACGAUGAUGAUGAUGACGACAAUGAAAACGUCAGUGGCAACGACAGCGACGAUCAGGAAACCAUUGCUGGAGGACUCGACGAUGACCAUGACGAAGGAUUUGAGGAAGUUGAUGACAAUUAUGGUGUCACGACAGCAGUUCCGCAGACCAUUGAAUCCGUCGAUGUGAAUAUCCAUAUCUAUGACAAUGGCCGGGACGGAGACAGAGACAGUCACAUUGCUCCAAAUCCAAUGACGGGAAACGUCUCAAACAAUCCCAGGUCCAUGGAAGAUGAUGAUUUCGAAAUGAUUUAAUUGGAGGGAAACAAUACAGAGGAAUUCAGAAAAUGACCCGUCCCUCAAUCAGAGAGUGAGACUGAAGAGAUGAAAAAGUUCAUACUAUGAGACCAAACAACCAUUGGAGACAUCAAGUCGAGAACCCUGCAUGACAACUUACCAAGGUAGAUAAACCGUUACGGAUAGCAUUUCUAUCAUUGCAGUACAGCGACAUGUACACUGUGGAGUGGUGCUGAAAUAGAUCAAAAUCCAAG